AUUUUUUGUUUAGGUAGAGAUCAACAAAAUGGACAAUAUAAAGAUCCCAUACCUCCCAGAACUGGAGACUUGUUGUGGCUGCUUGUCUCUCAGGGAGGGAGCUAAAAUGUUUGGAGUGAUAUCGCUGUUGGGAAGCAUAUACAUGUGUUUGGAAAUAUUUGCAACAAUCAUCAUGAUAUCAGUUAAUCCUGACUACGUGGCAGAGGGUGCUGGAAUCCUCUUGUUUGCCAUCCUUGUCCACUCUGUUCACAUUGGCACUUCAGCCUCGCUUCUCUUUGGUGUAUACAAGGAGAGGAACAAGCCUAUGUUCGGUUGGCUCAUCACCGCAGUAAUGGUGGCACUCCUGGAAGCCUUUGUAGUCCCAUCUAUCUAUAUUCGGGUCCUGAUAUUCCACAAACUCAUAGAAGUCAACUAUAAGCUAGUCUUAGUGACCAUCAUAAUGCUCAUUGAUGACAUCUACGGUUGGCUAGUCGUUGUACAGCUAUUACCGAACUCUUGCACGUCCCAGACAAGACUACGUCUUGAAGAUUGACUCACCCAUGGAUGCCGAAGGGGAAACUUUGUAACUGAAGUGUUCACACAGCAUUUUAAAAAUCCAGGUUAUAUUAUUUUUUACAUACUGUAAAGCAUAGCUUAUAAUAUUUUUACUCAGGCAGCUACAGUCAUCCGUUUUCUUCAUGGACAUUUAUUUAUACUUGUAAUGUUAUAAGCUAAAUUG